AUGGAGGCGCUGCUUGGGCGCCACGUGGACCUGGCAGCCGUGACUAAGAUCGGGGAAGGGACCUUCGGCGAGGCAUUCCGCGCAUCCGACGGCGUUGUCCUCAAGAUCGUGCCCAUGGAGGGGGACGCAUUAGUCAACGGCGAGCCGCAGAAACGCGCGGCAGAAAUUCUGGCCGAGGCUGCCGUCUCUCUCACGCUGUCGCAGCUGCACCCCGAUCCCGGUGUCACCGCACAAAAUUCCACGGCCGCCUUUGUGCGCACGUUUGGCGUCGGAGUCUGCCGAGGCCGUUACGCGAAGCCGCUCGUGCGCGAGUGGCGCGCGUGGGACGCGAAGCACGGGUCCGAGAAUGACCCGGUCGCGAAAUUUGGCGCGGACCAGAUGUACGUCGUGUUUGUGGUCGCGAACGGUGGUGCUGACCUGGAGCACUUUGAGGUGCACGGCUUCGAAGAGGCGCGCAGCAUCCUGCUGCAGGCGGUGCUGGCGCUUGCCGUGGGUGAGGAGGCGGUCGAGUUUGAGCACCGUGAUCUGCACUGGGGCAACUUGCUGAUCCGCCGCGUUCCCGUUGGCCAGCGCACAUCCGCGCGCCUGCGGGGCGUGGAUGUUGAGGCGAGCACGGCGGGAGUAGAGGUGACGCUUAUCGACUUCACUCUGUCCCGGCUGCGCACGGCGGACGGCGCGGGCGCGUUCUGCGACCUGGCCGCCGACCCCGAGCUCUUCCAGGGGCCGCGCGGCGACUGCCAGGCGGACACGUACAGGCGGAUGAAGAAAGCGACAAAGGGUGAAUGGGCAGCAUUCCACCCAGCCACCAACUGCCUCUGGGUGCAUUACCUGGCCGACACUCUGCUGCAGCUCAAGACAUUCCCUUCUUCGCCAGACCAGAAGAAGGCGCUGCGCAGCUUCAGGAAGCGAGCCCUCACAUGCGGCUCCUGCGCGGACCUGCUCUUGGAUGAAUUUCUGCAGAGCCACUGGCUGGCUGGCAAGUCAUAGAGCUUACGUUCACUACUGAAUGAAGUGGCUGCCUCAGGCUGUGUUCAACUGGCAGCUGGGUUUAUGGUAGAAGCACUGAGGAGUUGGUCGAAUGCACUGUUGAUGAACGUUCCUGUACAUUAACAGCUGAUGCAUGAAGCUGCAGAUGCAUCAACUGCAGCCGUGGCCAUGUUGAAGACAAAAAUUCACUCCAGCAGUGGAUCCAGGAGGAUACCUCAUAACUAAUUACAAUGCUUGCUGUAGACCAUUCUAGUUGGUGCACCCGGCUGAAUAAGUAUAAUAAUUUCCAAA